AAUGCAAAGAAUUAAAAAAAAUUGAACCACUGACCAAAUAUGGCACCUACAGUUGUUUUUCAAAUAGAAUUCUAGAACAGAUUGUUACCAUGACAACUCUGAUGUCAUCAUUCUGAAGGUAUAAACUGAGCUGUAGGCACUAAUAUCAUUCAAAACAAACCAGACAUUGACUGUGACGCAUCUCAGCAUGAAGUGGUGUUUCCUUAACUGCAUUAGGCCGCCAGCGGUACUAAACGAACCAGGGGAAGGUACAGAAACAAAGGAGGAAAGAAAAGGGAAGGACAAAGGAGGAAAGAAAAAGAAAUCCUGGCUGAAGAAGUAUUUUGAAAAAAAAGGGAAAGGAAGAAGGGCAAUGGAGGAGAGCCAGGCAGUGGUGGUGGAGGAGGAGAGCCAGGCAGUGGUGGUGGAGGAGGAGGAGAGCCAGACAGUGGUGGUGGUGGAGGAGAAGGAGAGCCAGGCAGUGGUGGUGGUGGUGGAGGAGAGCCAGGCAGUGGUGGUGGUGGAGGAGAGCCAGGCAGUGAUGGUGGAGGUGGAGGAGGAGAGCCAGGCAGUGGUGGUGGAGGAGGAGGAGAGCCAGACAGUGGUGGUGGUGGAGGAGGAUAGCCAGGCAUUGGAGGAAGAGAGCCAGGCAAUGGCAGAAGAGUGCAAGGCAAUAGAGGAGGAGUGCAAGGGAUUGGUGGAGGAGUUCAAGGGAUUGUUGGAGGAGUGCAGGGCAAUGAUGGAGAAGAGAAAGGCAAUGAUGGAGGAGGAGAGCAAGGCAAUGAUGGAGGAGGAGAGCAAGGCAAUGAUGGAGGAGUACAAGGCGAUGGAGGAGGGGUACAAGGCAAUGGAGGAGAAGUACAAGGGAUUGGUGGAGGAGAAGUACAAGGGAUUGGUGGAGGAGAGCAAGGCAAUGGAGGAGGAGGAGAGAAAGGCAAUGGCAGAGGAGAGCCAGGCAAUGGCGGAGAAGUGUAAGGCAAUGGCGGAGAAGUGUAAGGCAAUGGUGGAGGAGAGCCAGGCAAUGGCGGAGGAGUGCAAGGCAAUGGCGGAAGAGUGCAAGGGAUUGUUGGAGAAGAGCAAGGCAAUGGAGGAGGAGGAGAGCAAGGCUUUGACUUUGACAAUGGCGGAGGAGUGCAAGGGAUUGGAGGAGGAGUACAAGGCACUGGUGGAGGAGUACAAGGCAAGGGAGAAAAUGAUGCAAGAUGAGGAAGCCAGUAAUGGAUGAGACAGUCAAUAUGUUCUAUGUUCAAUCAGUACUACUUAACUAUGUAAAUACUUGUAAAUAAAGCAUUUAAAACGAAGAA